AUGUAUACGAGAUUAAGCAAUGGUGAAAAGAGAAUUCUUGUUAUAUUGGAUGAUGUUCAGGAAGAAGUUGAUUUUAAGAGUCUAGGAAUUCCUGUUAAAGGUGAAUUCAAGGGCUUGAAAGUUAUAUUGACAUCUCGCCUUUCUCAUGUCUGUAGUAGAAUGGGAGCUGAAAUUUUUGAGGUCGGUGCCUUGCCGAAGGAAGAAGCUCGGCAUCUUUUUAAAGUGGUUGUCGGAAUUUCUGAUGAUUCCACUUUGAGUGAUGUUCCAAACCAGGUUGCAGACGAAUGCAAAGGUUUGCCUCUUGCAAUCGUUGUUGUUGCCAAGGCAUUCAAGAGUAACCACACAACACCAGAAUCCUGGAAUAUUGCCCUUCGACAGCUAAAGAAGUACACAAUGAGAGACAUAGAAGGAGUUCAAGAUUUGGUGUUUUCAAGCAUUAUGUGGAGCUAUGAUCAUUUGGAAAGUGCUGAAGCUAAGUCGUUACUUUUGCUUUUCAGUUUGUUUCCCGAAGAUUAUAGUAUUCCACUUGAACGUUUGUUUCCACUUGAACGAGCAUUAACAAAGUCCAAAUGCGGUCCUUGUAUUGAAGGGAAUAAAAACGAAAUUCCAAAUCCGGUCCUUGCAUUGAAGCAUUGA